AUGAACGUAUCAAGAACGACAAGUUUAUUCAAACACCUUGAACGAACCCUAGGACGACGGAAUUUAAACAGCAGCAGUUCGCUCUUCAUGUUAAUGAAUAAUGAAAAGAAGACUCAAGCUCGGUCGUUUGCUGCUUUCAACGCUUCGGGAGCUUCAUCAAAUAUUUCAAAUUUACCGUCUUUUGUCAAAAUUGUAGAAGUUGGACCAAGAGAUGGCUUGCAAAAUGAAAAGAAACUUGUACCAACCAACGUCAAGAUUGCUUUGAUAAACAAAUUAUCGGAGGCUGGUUGUCCUUCGAUUGAAGUAACAAGUUUCGUGUCACCAAAAUGGGUACCUCAAAUGGGAGACAAUUUCGACGUGUACACAGGAAUAACGAAAAAAGAGGGUACAUCAUACCCAGUCCUCACACCAAACGUGAAAGGUCUCGAACAAGCUUUAGAGGCCGGAGUCAAAGAAGUGGCAAUAUUCCUUGCUGCCAGUGACGCUUUCAGCAUGAAAAAUAUUAACUGUACAGUGGAAGAAUCAUUCAACAGAUACAACCAAGUGAUGGAAUUAGCAACAAAACAUAAUUUAAAAAUUAGAGGAUAUGUGAGUUGUGUGGCUGGUUGUCCAUACUCUGGAUAUGUCGCACCAGAAGUGGUAGCAAAUGUGAGCUAUAGAUUAUUGAAAAUGGGAUGUUAUGAAGUUUCUCUUGGUGACACUAUUGGAGUUGGAACGCCAGGAAGCGUCUCUCAUUUAUUACAUCAAGUGUGUAAAAAGAUUCCAACUGGCCAAGUUGCUGUUCACUUUCACAACACUUAUGGACAAGCUUUGGCAAAUAUUCUGACAUCACUGCAAUUUGGCGUGGAAACUGUGGAUUCAUCAGUUGCUGGUCUGGGUGGUUGUCCUUAUGCAAAAGGUGCCUCUGGUAACAUCAGUACAGAAGACGUUGUUUACAUGCUUCAGGGCAUGGGAAUUGAAACAGGCAUUGAUCUUGACAAACUGAUUGAUACAGGAGACUAUAUUUCGACCUAUUUGAACCGAGAGAACAACUCAAUGGUGGCAAAAGCAAUCUUGGCCAAGAGAGAAAAAGCAGAAUCGGUCAACAAGAAUUCAGAGACGAUUCAAGCAACCACUACUGUCACUUCCACCACUCAACAACAAUCAUCCCAACAAUCCUCACAACCCAAGAAACAAGAAUCCCAAAUUAUUAUAACAGACAAUACCAAAAGCACAGAACGAAAAUUAUCUGCCUGUAUUUAA